AGCUGUUGUGUGUUGCGCGAGUGAAUGGCUAAAAUUGAGUGAAGAAGCAUUUUCUUUUAUGUACAGCGUGAAAAAAUUAUAAUUUGUUAAUAUUACUGCAAUAAACGCCAUAUAGAUAGUGAACACACGUAGCUGCAAAAGGCGAAAUGAUGCUGUUCAUGCUGCUGUUCAGUCGACAGGGCAAAUUGCGUCUACAGAAAUGGUACAUGGCCUAUCCAGACAAGACCAAAAAGAAGAUUACACGUGAGUUGGUCACCACGAUUUUGGCUCGCAAACCGAAGAUGUGUUCAUUUCUGGAGUGGAAGGAUUGCAAGAUUGUGUACAAGCGGUAUGCCAGUUUAUACUUCUGUUGCGCCAUCGAGCAAAAUGAUAAUGAGCUGCUGACUCUGGAAAUCAUCCAUCGCUAUGUGGAGCUGCUGGAUAAGUAUUUCGGCAGCGUCUGUGAGCUGGACAUUAUCUUCAACUUUGAGAAAGCCUAUUUCAUAUUGGAUGAGCUGCUGAUUGGCGGCGAGAUUCAGGAGACAUCGAAAAAGAAUGUACUUAAAGCCAUCGCGUCUCAGGAUCUGCUACAAGAGGACGAAGCUGUUGAGGGCACUUUAAGAGACAUUGGACUACUCUAAAAGAUAAAACAAUAAAAAGAAAGUUAAAUACGUAGAAUGUAGUUGAUAUUACACACACACACAAACACACACGCACACAUGCACGCCUACGCCAACACCAAUACACUCUCUUUAUCUAUCACACACACACAACCACACGCACGCACAUGCAAUUGCCUAAACACGAACACACACACGCAUACAUAAGUAUUUUAGAGUAGAGCGCACUGUAUGUGUAUGUGUGUGUGCCUGUGGGUGUGUUGGAAAGCGAGUGCUGGAAUGGGCGUGCGUGUUUAGUUUAGCGCUACACAACACUUGAUAAGUGCAAUUAGUUCUGUCACACACAGUGAGGCUAAAACAAUCAAACAAAAGUAAACAAAAAAAACUAAAAACUAAAUUCAAAACUUCAUCUGUAUGGCGCGGUAAUUUUUCCCCUCUUCAUCCUUAGACUUUCGCGUAAACGCUAAUUAAUUAAUACCCGACAUCAUUAUAAGUACUUAUCUUCUUCUCAUGUGCGUUUAUUAAUUUAGAUACAUAAUUAGAACAAUCAUUCCAAGACCAUCAAAAAAGCAAUGAUGUUUAUUUUAAAGCAGUUGAAAUCUAGGGAAAGAAAAUGCAAUACUACAAUAUAGAAAAACAAGAAGAAAACAAAAUAUAAUAGAAAAAGUAAGCUUUAAUAUUUUGAAACAAAAAAAAACAUGCGGAUAAUAUACGUAUCGAAAAUGAAAUGUAAACCUUUUUUUAGUAGUAAAUAAUACAUAUUAAAAAUAACAAUACCAAUAGUUUAUAUACAAAAUAUAUAUAUAACUCUCUAUAUACAUAUGUGUGUUGUACAUUUUAGCCAAAUUCCUG